AUGCCCGAGCCUCCGCAAAUUCUCCGGAUCAAAAGAAAAAGAGGCCAGGAUCCGCUUCAGGCGUUGAUUCUUGGUGCCGCCAGUAAACGGGUCAAGCUGUCGCUGGACCAGAAGUCGUACUAUUUCCAGCUCAACAGAACCGACCAAGCCCAUUCGGACGCUGAUGUUUCAGGGUCUGUUCUUUUCGAGUCAGCCGCUUCAGGCUCAGGUCGCCACUUUGUGAUUCCAAAGCGGCCCAACGACGUAGACACAGUCAUUCCCCAUGAGUUGGCCGACAUGGUCGAUACAUUCCUCCAUGUGGAAGACCAGCCCACACGAAGAAAAAGAAGGGGCAGACAGAAGACGGAAUCUCCAGAGGAAGAUCCAGGAGCUUCUGGGCCGCCUGCCGAAACUAAGGGCGCUGCUCCGGACCCAACAUCCAAUGUUUCGGAACUCUCUGAGUUUCUGAACGAUUAUGUUUUCGAUGUCUACACACUUUCAGAGCCGUUAACAAGCCAGAACUUUCCCCAGUCUGAAAUUGGAUACAUCAAGUUUUUCGACGACAAGGACUACAAUCUAAUGAACUCGGAUGACAGUGCAGAGUCGGCGCACUCGGACGACGAAGAUUCUAACGCAGAAUCCUUCUACCAGAACGACUAUCCCGAAGAUGAAGAUGCCGGGGCAUUCAGCGAAACCUAUGAUGACGAAAGCGACAAUGAUGAGGACGAGGAUAAUAUCGGCCCAGUCAUUUUAGAGUCUGCGGAAGCUUUCGAAGGCAAUGCGUACCUUCGUGGACAAGAGCAGGCAGAAGGCCAAUUUGACGAUCUUUACGACGAAUUUUUUGGCGACAGCGAGCAGCCGGUGGAUUUUCUAGCGGAAACGAACGACGACUACGAGCGCCAGAACUUCUUCAAAGACGAAGAGGACGACGAACUCGCUCAACACAGAGACAGAAUAUUUGGCAGGCUCCAGAAGAUGAUUGACGAGAAAUAA